AUGCUCCCCCUCGGCCUCCUGACGGCAGCACAAGGCCAUCCCAUGCUAGUGGAACUGAAGAACGGCGAAACUCUCAAUGGCCAUCUAGUAAACUGCGACACGUGGAUGAAUCUGACGCUCAAGGAAGUCGUGCAGACGAGUCCGGAAGGAGACAGAUUCUGGAGACUCCCAGAAUGUUAUGUGAGGGGAAAUAAUGUGCGUCUUGAUUUGCCAUCAAAUAUCUCCGAGUUCCAGAAGAAGUCAUCGAAUUCGCGAGAGAACAACAGCAGCAACAACAGCAACAACAUCAGCAGGGUGGUGGACAGCGUGGUAGUCGGGGUGGGCAAGCUGGUCACGGUACCGGUGGAAGGGGAGGAGGCGAUCGUGGACGAGGGGGCGGUGGACAGGGAAGGGGUGGCGGAAGAGGGCACGGUCGUGGGAGAGGGGGAGGAAGAGGGCAGGGUUGAGGUGAAUUCGCUUUUUGGCGUGCUAUAUUGCGCGUGUCUCUAUGGGAUAUGCAUCGUGACGAUCACCCCCCCGAUGCUCAAAGAUACCGAAUCGUCAACACACAUUAACAGCACUUCACACUUUUACAUCAAGAUCCGGACCUCGUCCAAUUCAGACCUUUCCCGGCACUCUGCAAAUCAAUGCCCAAUCGGCCAGCGAGAAGAUAGAACAAGUUUUAUCUGGCCUGCGAUCGACAUGCAGACCCAAAGCCAUCAUAAUCUCCCAUCAAAAAUGGAGACAUCAAUGCAAAAAUUUUGA